AUGACACGUAUCACAGCUCGAGUGUACCAAGGAGUUAAAGGUUACUGGCGGAGGAGACGCUACAAACGGCUCGGCGGCAAGAGCCAAAGGAGGUUCUGGCGGAUACGAAUAACACGGAAGCUUAAGUUGAAGCUGAGAUUCUCUCCAAAGAAGCUGCUAAUCAGGAUCCGUGAUGCCUACGUGAACAUGAUGAUGCGAAUGGCGAAUUCGUCGUUGGUUGCUGGAACCGGUGGCUACGGAGAAGCUAAGUUCGGGAUGAAACCGGGUGUAAAAUAUGAUGAGAAGGUGAUAAUCGAGCUCUACAAAUCAUUGGUGAUGAGACAAUCUCAAUUGGUGCCGAUUGAUGCUCCACAGAUUGCUAUUUCCCGGUAA